UCAAAAUUUUUGUUUUUCAUCGUCAGUCAUCGUUUUCAUUCCUUUUAUUCAAAAUCACUAAAAAUAUGAAUCAAGUUGAAGUUCACGAAACAGUACAGGCAGCUAAUAUAUAUUUAACCCGAUUAAAAUGGCUAAACAGUGAAUUAGAUUAUGCAGUAAAACAAAUCUUGAAUACUUUCGAAGAAACUGAAUCAAAUAUUCGUUCUACUUUUAGCAAAUUUAAAGACGCAUUUAUCGAUUCAUUGAAUAAAAGAGAAAAAUGCCUUCUUGAUAAAGCUAAAAAGACCAAAAUAGAGGCCCUUGCACCUAUAAGAGAAUGCCGAAUUAUGAUUUUGGAUAAAAUUGAGUCCACUGUAAAAUUGAUUAACACAGGAUCAGUUUUGAUUUCUUCAGAACUUAGAAAUGUGGAGAUAUUUUCCAAACAUGCUAGUUUAAUAGGAACUCUUCCCGAAGUCCCUGAGCUAAAAGAAGUGCCUUAUAUAAGCUUCUGCUAUGAACCUUCCUUAGAGGUAGAAAUAAUGGACAAAUUGGAUAAUCUUGGAGAUAUUUAUAAAUAUCCACCAGUGCAGGUAGCUGACUUAAUCGAGAAACCAGGGGGUAUUCUAGUGGAAUGGAAAGUUGUUGUAGAUAACGAGGAAAAAGUAACAGAUAUAGAAGAAUUUAGACUUCAAGUUGUUAUGGGGGAUAUACAAAAAGAUAAACAUCUAGUUAACAAUUUUAAAGAUAUAUACAAAGGUUUGGAUAAUCAGUAUCUUUUGAAAGAUCUCAAAGUAAAUGAACCAUAUUCGUUUAGAGUGUGCUGUAAGUUUGAGGGAACUACCGAAUGGUCACCUUGGUCUCUACCUCAAGUUACUACUACAACUCUCAAACAUUUCUCUUGGAAAUUCAAUGGGGACUAUGAACAUUCAAAUGAGUAUAAAAUAGUUAGACCCAAAACCGGUUCAGCUCAUAUGUUGUAUUCUGAUGGUGCUCAAUUUGGUAUAGGUCAUUCUAUAGAUUUUAUAUUUUUAGAAAGUGAUUCAAAUGAUGCAGUAGUUGGUCUUAUUUGUGAACAUUUAGAAGAAUUACCUAAACAUCCAAAGCAGGCAAAAGAUGGUACAUUUCUUAUGACUAGGCAUGGUAAGAUCUGGGUUGAUGGUGUUGAAAAGUCAACAGUAUUACCAGAGUUUCAUAGAGGAUCAAAAGUAACAUUCAUGUGUAGCAAGGUUAACGACAAUAAAAUUAGAAUAGACAUUGAUUCUAAGGACAAAAGGGUUACAUAUGAUUGGUUAGUCCCUUGUGAUACGAAAAUGUACUUUGUAGCACAUUUUUCUUCGUCAAAAUGGAAAAUUAUGGUCGAAUGAUUAUAUUCAAAUGAAAAUAUAACUAUAAUGAUUACACAUCUGUACAGUAUUGAAUAAUAUCGAAAAGAUAUAAAAACAUUUUUACAUAACUCAUAAAAUAUUAAAUAUUCAUUGUUUUUCUUAAA